GAUGUGAAUAUGACAAUUGCUUUACAGAACUUACUGUUCAAUUAGCAAUUAUCAUGGUUGGGAAACAAGCAUUUGGAACAAUAACAGAAAUUUUUAUUCCGCUUUGUAUGAGUAAAUUUAACGAAUGGUAUAGGCUUUUUAAGCGUUGUCUGAAUAAGACAGAUGAAAAUCCACAAUUGGAAGAUGUUGAACAUUCACAAUGGAUAAAAGAUGGUGAUUUAGUUGAUCCUCCAGAAAUAGAAGAUUCCGAAUAUGUAAAAAUUGGACAUAUGGCUCAAGAUAUUGGAAUGUGGGAAAAAGCCUUGAAUUUUCUUUCGCUUUGUGGUGUGCU